AUGUCGAAUCAGGUUAAAUACCCCUGCACUAAUAUGGAUCAGGUAGAUUCCAUUACGCUUACUGACAUGCCUCUUGAUGACUAUCAACGCUACUACUUCCUACAACUUAUGACUCGUAUCGGUUCUUCUGCAUCUCCUACAAGUCUAUUAAGCGAAACAAGCAAAAGUCUCCACAUCAAGACUUCAUCCUAUAGGACUAAUUCUGCUUUCCUGUUUUACGAUAUUUCUAUGGGCCAGAGUAAUUUCAGUUCUCAUCAACUUUCGCGUAAGGAACGGAGGACAUUAGAAUGCUUUGAGUACCAGAUCCCAGAUAUCACAAAAGGUCCAGUUGUUGGUAAUGGUUUAUAUCUGGAAGGCAAUCCCCUGGUAGUUAAUUCAAAAAAUCUGAUUGAGAUACAGCGGAAAGGGGGAUCUUCUACCCCGGAUAUCAGUUUUUUGACCAAAAACCAACAGUUUAAGCUCAAGAAGCUGCAGUACUCAGAGCAGUGCAAUAGUGCCAUUAAUCCAAAUAAUGUUAUCUUAUGGGAUUAUAAGACAGGUUACGUGUUUUUCACGGGGAUAUGGAGAAUAUACCAGGAUGUUAUGCGAGCAAUGUGUAUCAUGAAGAGGGCCAACGGCGAUGAUGACAAGGAGGCAAAUAAAGAAAGACAGAUGGAAUGUGUAAAGGAACUGGAGUAUUCGCUGAAAAGUUGUCUGUAUGAGCCAUAUUCGCAGCAAUUAAUGCAAAAGAAUGGCUAUUCAACGUUUUAUGACAAUAGUGCUGGUGGCACCAAAAGAAGACCUUCUGUCGCAAGGUCUGGCAGCAUCUCUUCAGGGGCUGGACGGGGUACUAACGAGUCUACAAGCCAGACCAACUAUACUGAUCCAGUUAGUGGUGUUGCAGGUUUAGGAGUUACGUCAGGAUCUUCAGUUAAUUACAUUGAUGUACACUGGAAUCAAUUGGAUCCUGCCUGGAAAGAUCAUAUGUGUCGGUCCUUUCGGGAAAGUAAGAAACUUGAUAUAACUCCCGAUUUCCAUGACUGCUGCAAGAGGAUUCGGGGCGGAUACAUCAAGAUCCAGGGAACAUGGCUACCAUUUGAGAUAUGCCGGGAAUUAUGCAUUAGAUUUUGUUUCCCUAUCCGCUAUCUGUUGGCGCCUAUCUUUGGAGACACAUUUCCUCAAGAAUGUGCGGAUUGGUAUUUAAGUCAUAGAGGGUUUUAUCAAAAACAUACCAAUACUGGCGGUGCAACACAUAUGUUGCAGCCACUCUCACAGUUGUCCUGCAAGCCGAUGCCAACAAAUUUUAAGGGCAUUAAUGACAGAGGUUCUAUCUCAGAGGGCAGACAGCAUAGUGCCACAGAUAUAGAGCUGCUAGAUGCUUCUAAGAACUUAUUAGACAUCUCAAGGAGGACUAGUGGGAGUUUGGACUAUUGCGCUUUGCCAACAUCGCCCAUUUACUACAGCAACCUGCCAUAUCGCCAAAAGUAUGAUGGGUCUUUAGGGUUCAUAUCAGUUGGGUCAGGAACCCAAUUCCAUGAUCCACUAAUUAGCGACCCAUUAGCAGCAGAUAAGAGAAGGGCGCACUCUUGGUCGGCAGCAAAUGAUAAUCAGUAUAAUCGUGAGACCCUUCCUCCUAUUUCCGCUUUGAUAAGCUCUUUACCAAAUUUCGAAUCCGCUGACGCUUCAUAUGCAUAUGAUACUGCUAUAAGCCAAGGCCGCCCUGUUCAAUUCCAACCUAGUCCAAUUUCUGCACAAACUCCUUCAGGGCAUUUUGUGUAUGGAAAUCAAAACCUGAAACCGAAUAGGGUUUUCAAGGUAGCCCCUGUAAGCAGACGAGGUAGUAAGGAAUAUGUACCACCUUACUACUACAACAAAAAUGGACAGCAAACUCUCUUCACAGGCCAACAUCCUCGUGGUCCAAUUCCAGCUGAAGGUACCGCCGGAGCAGUUCCUAGAUGGGCAGAGGUUUAUAACCCUAACGAUCAAUCAUAUACGUAUUUGGAAGGUCUACGUAUUGGGUAUACUCCUGAAUAA